GAGCAAGAAGAAUUAAUGUUCAACAACUCUCAGCCAUAUUACUUUAAAUCAACCCGUUCUAAAUCAAACAAAGGCAAGGCACCUCGACAUACGAUAGAAGAACGUGUGUGUGAUCUAACAUAUACCGGCAACGAAUAUUUGGUUGACGACGAUUAUGCCUCCGCUCUUCCGUACCUUAAUGAAGCCGUGUCACUUGCGCCUGAUUGUCUGGUCGCAUUGGGUAUUCGUGCUGAAGUACACCGGUUAUUGAAUUUAUACGACAAGGCGUUGGAGGACAUUAACAAAGUGCUAGAGUAUCAACCAGACAGCGUAUUUGCGUUAACUAACAGAGGAGAAGUCCACAGAAUGUUAGGACACACUGAGGAGGCUCUGAAGAAUCUUAAUAGGGCAUUAGAAAUAAGGCCAAACAAUAUCCGAAGCUUAGAGUCAAGAGGAGCAUUAUUCCAAGAGCUGAGAAGACACGAAGAAGCAUUAAGCGACCUCAACCGAGAAGCACUUGAGACUAUAAAUCGCGCUAUUGAAGUAGGAUCAGAGGGGCCGUUUCCGUAUGUUAUCAGAGGGGAAGUGUAUUUUAAGCUGGGUAUGAAAGAAAUGGCGCUAAAAGACUUUACGAAAGCGCUCGAGAUAGAGGCAACCGAGAUAUGGGCUCUAUGUUAUCGUGCUCAAAUAUACUAUGAUAUGGGAAGAUACGACGAAGCAAUAGAGGAUCUAGACAAGUCUUUAACCGUGCAGCAGAAAGAGUGGUUUCCCCUUGCUGCUCGCGGAGCAGUAUACAGGUCAAUGGGAGACUAUGACAAAGCCUUAACUGAUCUGGAUGCCGCAUUGAGUUACAAGACUAACGAUCUUCACGAUCUCCAAUUCCAAGUGACGGCUUUGCAAAACCGAGGAAGUGUUUAUAGGAUUAAGGGUGAAUAUGACAAGGCACUGGCAGAUUUAACUGAAGCAAUAAAUAGAGACAUGGGUACAGUGUUUGGGUUGAGCACACAAACAAUAGUAUUUACUCUAUUCGAGAGAGCGGCGGUAUAUGAUAAACUCGGUGACCAUGAUAAGGCAAGAAAUGACAUUAUAAAGACAAUGCAGAUAGGUAUCGAAACGAUAAAGCAUGUCAAGAGGAGAUUAAAGGAAGGGGGAAAGGGAGAGAGUGGGGAGGAUGCGGGUAGGAGCGAUAAUGUAGUUGAAGAGAAUAUGACUGCCAAUGGCUAUAACAGUCCCGCUGACAGUGGGAUUGGAUGUGACUUUGCAAGUAGAAACGAAAGUCCAUGA